UUGUCCUCGCGCGGCUGUGCCGUCCGUUAUAUAGACGCCAUGGCUGUCACCACCAGGCGGCCAUUGGCACUGCUCAUCUCUCGCUCUCUCUCUCUUUCCCCACCUCUGCUCACGCACCCAAAGCACAGCCACAAGUUCACGAGCCGGCGCACGGCAAGCAGCAGAGAGACGAGAGUAAUGGGCAACGCUCUGCCGUGCUUGGUCGACCAGGGCGUGAAGGCUCUGCCGGCGGCGGCGAAGCCCAGGCGGAGGAUGUACUCGCUCCAGCUUCUCAUGAAGGUCCUCCACACGAUGAAGAAGACGACGCGCGGCAGCAAGAUUGGCGGCAAGUCCUCGCCGGAAUCCGAAGUAGGUGGGGCGGGCGUGAAGAGCAUCAAGGCCUCCCCGAGACGAGCGGCGGCAGGUCGUGGUGGCGGUGGCCAGAGGAAGGGCGUCGUGCGGGUGAAGGUGCUCCUGAGCAAGGAGGAGGCGGCGCGGCUGCUGUCGCUGACCGUCGGGGGCCAGAAGACGGCGGCGCAGAUCGUGGCCGAGAUCAAGAGGAUGGAGGCGCGCCGCGCCGCCGCCAAUGCCGCCGCGGCGGCCGGGUGGCGGCCCGCGCUGGCGAGCAUCCCGGAGGAGUCGUCGUAGGUGCACCGUGCACGUACGUGUGUUAUCAUGUAGCGUCGUGUCCUUGAGAAAGCGGGAAGAACAGCGAGAACGGAGGGAGAUUUGGGCUGAGAGGCGAGCAGGCGACGCCGGAAGCUCCCCCUCCCAUGCAUCAUCCGUAUGCUGAUGCUGAUGUUGAUGCUGGUGUGUGUAUAUAGCAGCUUCCCUAUUUUGAAGCUUCUCUUCUGCUCCCCCAUGCUGUUCAUCCCGAUCGCUUCUUGUACUGCUCCCUCGAUCACCAUCCCAAAGAAAUGGAAUGAAAUUUCGUUUUCUUCGUA